AAGAACCUGAUUUUUUAGAAGGAAGUGAAUUAGAAACUAUUAUCCUUAAUCACAAUCAACUAACUUAUUUUGAUAAUUAUGAAUCUUUGAAUGAUUCUUUAAAAUUUCUUUCUUUAACAGCUAACAAAUUGGGUAAUAAAAUACCUGGCUAUGAUAGUUAUGUGGGUUAUUUAGAUGUAAAUGGUUACAAAGAAUUAGAGUAUUUAAAUUGCACUAUUGAAUAUUUAUUUUGUCAAGACUUUUUAAAUCUUUCUGGUUGUGAUAGUUUAGAAAUUUUAGAUUGUGCUGAGAAUAGUAUUGAGGAAUUAGACAUUA